AUGGACAGGGUCCAACAAUUGCAGGCCGGGCAGAGCCAGGCUGCCAGGCUGGAUGCCUCCCCACAUUUCGAGUUGGAGAUGCCGUUUUGCACGAACGCUGCGAAGGAGAAGUGGUUCACGCCAGACUUGCGCCGAGCCAUGCAUUACGGCAACGGGACAAAGGGACGUGUUUACGCAGAGAUUGAAACGACGAAUGGCACCUGUUGGGUGGACUAUGAGGUCAACUCAGAACGUCGCCGCGGCUUGUUGCGCCUGGAGGAGUUGUACCAACGAAACCAGGAUCAGCUGCGUGACCCCUGGGCGCUGGCUGAGUACCUGGUCACCAGCGACAUCCGCCUGGUCCGCGCGGAAUUCCUGUGGCAGCUCUGGCGACAGCAGCGGAGCUUGCCGCGGCGGCAAGAGGCAGAAGAAGAGGUUGUGAUGUGCAACGGUCACCAGCUCUCAGCCCUCGUCACACAUCGCGAAGUCGAGUCCUGGGCAGAGAGCAUGGCAACCUCGACCUCGACGACCUUCAUCUGGGCGGUGUCGCAUUGCUGGGAGAUGCGGGAGCAUCCGGAUCCCUUUCGGCAUCAGCUGGAACAUUUGGUGAAUUUCACCUCCCUUCAGCACGUGGCCUACGAGGCCCAACAGUGGCUUUUCUACGACUACCUGUCGGUCUUCCAAUUCCAGCGCUCAAGUGGACAUGAGGAGGAGAGCUUUCGCCUGGCUCUGAAGAAAAUGCACAUGUUCUACUCGCACGCCUGCACUCGCACCCUGCGCAUCGAAAGUUUGACACCUGAAAAUGUCAGGGAAGAUAUGAUGAAGGGUGAGGAGGAUCUCCUGGUGUUCCAUGGACCAUCCGGACACUUGGCCCAUGUGCCCUUGUCCCAGUCGCGCACAGUGCACCAACAUCCACCCUGUAGCUCCCCUUCUUGCGGUUUCCUCCACUUGAACCUGGUGCCCUUCACACUCCGCGGCUGGUGCCGAGUGGAGUCGGAGUGGUCCACGAUGCGCGGCGCCAGCGGCGCCAGCGGCGCCAGCGGCACGCGGCGGAUUGACGAAGGAUCCGAACGAAGUGUGGAGAUGGAGGAAGAUGGAGGCCACAGAGAAAAAACUGACGCAGACCCAGAGUUCUACAAUUGCAAAGUGGCUAUGCCUCCGGAAAUUUUUCGGGAGCAAGCCACCUCAGAGAUGUUGAGAUUUACGCAUCGCUCGGAUCUGAAGGCGGUGAUGAAGCUGCAGAAGAGAGUCUUUCUGGAGAAAGCUGCCAGCUGUGAAGCCUUGAUCCAAGAGCGCCUGCCGGAUCGCGAGUUGCAGAUUUUGGCGGCUGGGUUGCAUCACUACAAGAGUUUGGUGUCGCUCACUCUUCGCAAGUGCUACUUUGAAGACGAAGGAGCGAAAAGAUUGGGCGAGGCCUUGGAUGCGCGUCUGCCUCUACGUCAGCUGCGCUGCAGCGAGUGCCGUGGCGGCGAUGUCUUGGCACAGGCCGCAGCGUUGGCUCUACGGCACUGCUCUCUGAGUCAACUGGUGCUGGCACAUGACCACAUCAGUGUGAAGGGCGCUGAGGCCUUGGCAGAAGCUUUGCAGCAGAACCGGCUGACGGAGUUGGUCCUGGAUCACAACCAGCUGAGACCCCGUGGGGCUGAGGCCUUGGGCAAAGCUUUGAGAUGGAACCAGACAUUGAUUCAUUUGGACUUGGCCCACAAUUUCAUCGGCUACAAGGGCGCAGAGGAGUUCUCCAAGUCUUUGCGAUUGAACCACACUCUACAGCGCCUACUGCUUCCCUUCAACAACAUCAAAGACAAAGGUGCUGAGGCCCUGGCUUUAGCCCUGCCCAGCAGCUUGCAGCACUUGGAUCUCACCAGCAACGACCUUCGAGAAGCUGCCGCGGAGGUGCUAGCUGCGUGUUUAAACCAUCACCUUCGGCGGCUGGAUCUGGGUAUGAACCGCCUUGGUGAUGGUGGAGCAGAGGCCUUGGCCAAUGCCUUGCGCGGCAACGAAUGCCUGACGCAUUUGGACCUCUCGCACAACGAUUUGCAGCGCCCAGCUGGUGAGGCUCUAGCGGAUGCCCUGCGGGUCAACACAAGUCUUUCGCAUUUGGACCUGGCUCGCAAUGAGUUGCGGCAGCGGGGCGCUGAGGCGUUGAUCGGAGCCCUGCAUGAGAAUCGCACGCUGCGGCAUUUGGAUCUGGCGGAGAAUCGUGUGGGCUUCAAAGUGGCGGAGGCUUUGGCAGAGCUUCACAAACUCAAUGAGGAGGUGGAGGUUCUCUUAGAGUACGAAGCCACCUCCGUAAGUGGCGUUUCCGAUGCUGACGACGGCAUCGGAAACGCGCCGGUGCGUUGCAAGGCCCUUGCGGCAGAUCUUCGCAGCGGGGCGAUGUUGAGCACGUUGAAGUUGGCACGUGAUGAGUUGAGUGGUGGGGGAAUUCAGGUCUUGGCGGAUGCCUUGAGCAUCAACAGCUCGGUCCGCAGCUUGUGCCUGGAAGGUGCAGAACUGGGCGACUUUGGGAUCCAGGUAUUGGCAGAAGGUCUGAAGAAAAACAACUCCAUCAGGAUAUUGAACCUGCGCGACAAUUUGAUUGGCGAUCCUGGAAUCAAGGCCUUGGCCGGCGCGCUGAAGAGAAACGGCAGCAUCAGACUCUUGAAGCUAGAGAUCAACGAAAUUGGCGAUGAGGGAAUCAAGGCCUUGGCCGUGGCGUUGAAGUCGAACCGAGCCCUGCGGACGCUGUUUCUGGGGAACAAUGAGAUUGGAGACGAGGGAAUCAAGGCCUUGGCUGAAGCCUUGCAAGAGAACACUUCAGUGAACACCUUGGGCAUCCGCGGCAAGAACAUCUUGCGCAUCACCUCUGCCACGGCACCACUGUACCUGGUGCACAACGAGCUGGGCGACGACGCCAUCAAGGCACUGGCUGAAGCUUUGAAGGUGAACAGAUCAGUCAGCCAGCUCUAUCUGGGUGAUCAUGACAUUGGCGACGAAGGCAUCAAGGCAUUGGAGGCGUUGAAAGAUGAGAAGUUGCGGCAGGGCCAACGUUUGGUGCCGGUGAACAUGGCCUGUUGCGAUGAAGAAGAAGUCUUGACAGCCGGCAGCAGAUAUCACUAUGUGGGCCCUAGUUCUGGAGCAUACGAACAAGUCACAGAGUUGAAGUAUGUGGGUGAAGGACAGGGGAGCAUCUCGAAAGAACAGGUGAAAGAAACAAAGCCAGGUGUCCCCUGGGUGUGGUGUGCCUGUUUGGCGCCUCUGUUGAUCUUGCCCUUCCUGCCCUUUUUCUUCAUCAAUCCCGCAUCCUUCGAGAACGAAGUUCAAAUGGGAGCCGCCCCAGUAAUCACCACGACGUCGAGCCCGCGACAAAUCAUCAUCAGGCACCACGUGAUACACCGCAAUCGGGUGGUUCAUGUACCAGUGCCGAUGCCUGGCGCGCCACAUGUGGUCUAUGACAAGGUGCAGUCUCCCCAUAUGUCCUACAGCUGCUAUGACGCCGAGACGUCUGCAGGGAAGUUGUGGAGCCCCAAGCACAAAGCCUGGUGCUGUUGGAAGCAGAACAUCGCCUGCCCGACCCAUGUGGUUACCCAUGACAAGUACAUCCAUGUCACCCACACCCAUGCAGUGCCCGUGCCGAAAUACUACAAGGUGCGCAUCCCUGCUGAGGCCCCGAAGCCCAUCUACGAGAAGGUGCCCAUCCCUACUGAUCCGUUGCCGCCGAAGAAGGUCAUGGUGCCCGUGAAGGUGCCUGGCAAGCGGCCGCCGCCCAUUGUGCAUUACAAGUAUUUGCCCAUCGAAAAGCACUACGAUGUCCCCCACACCGUCUACGACAAGAAGAAGGUGGAGGUUCCGGUCAUCGUGAAGCGCUACGUCAAGGAAGAAGUGCCCGAAACGCCUGAGGUGGUGACCAAAACCGAGCACGUCUACGUGCACGAAAAGGGCUAUGAUUGCGUAGAAGGCUUCCACAACUACCAGGAGCUGUGGACCGAGGACCAGAAGAGGUUCUGCUGCUGGAAGCAUGACCGGGGUUGCCCCUCCACCCACUACAAGACCAAGACAGAGGUGAAGACGCGGGUGAAGUAUGUGGAUGUGCCAGUGCCCUCCCCGCCGAAGAUCAUCGAACGGGAUCAUGAGGAGCACAUGACCAGUUUCAACUGCAACGAGGGUUUCAGCAAUUGGUACCAUGGUUGGUCACCUUUGAAGAAGAAGUAUUGCUGCGCACACGAGGAUCGAGGAUGUCCUGGCUCGAAGCAUGGGCAUUGGGAGAUGCAUGGGCAUGCCUCUGUCCAUGUGGAAGGAGGUGGCAAGGCCAAGGGCAAGAUCUAUGAUUGCGGCGCUGGAUUCUCCGACUGGCUCCAAGGUUGGUCGGAUUCCAAGAAGACUUGGUGCUGCGAUCAUGAGAGCAGAGGCUGCGUGAAGCAUCACUGCUUCACCGGAACCAUCUCCGACUGGAACAAGGACAAAAGGGACUGGUGCUGUAGAACCCAUCAGCGAGGUUGUGCUCACACCACCUUGUCCCCCUUGGGUUGCGAUGCCGUUUGUGAACUUCAUGGAGAGUCUUCCACCUGCCACGAUCGCAUCCACUGGGUCCGGGACAACGUCUUUGGAAGCCGCGAGAACAAUUGCGCAUUGGCCUACAGCAAGGUGCAGGUGGAUUGCGACGUUUGCCGAGCCUGCACCAUUCAGGCUAUGGGCUGCGAAGUGGCCGGUGGUGGUGGUGGCCCUGCCUUCGACUGCAAUGCGGCGCUGGGAAACUUUGCCAGGGCUUGGUCACCACCGAAGAAGCAGUGGUGCUGCAGCAACCAGGGCAAAGGUUGUGAAGGCAGCAGUCCACCCACUGUGGAUCCAGGCUUUGGAAUGCAGUGGAAACACGUCCAGGUCAGUGGCGCCUGGACCUGGGUCGCAGUACACGUCGCGGGGGCUGGAGGAGCUGGAGGGGCGGUGCCGCCCAAGUUGCCCUAUGAUUGCGGCGCUGGCAUGGCCAACUGGCAGUUGGGCUGGUCCGACGCGAAGAAAGGCUGGUGCUGCGCCAAUAAACACAUCAAUUGCGCCGCUGGUGGAGCUGCUGGUGGAGCUGCUGGUGGAGCUGCUGGUGCUGCGGGUGCUUCUGGAGGUGGCUCUUGGUCUCAUUCCUUCUCCGUCUCCUCCAGCUCUGGACACCCACCCUCCGCUGCGGCGAAGGGGAUGGUGUGGCAAUGGCAGACAGACCAUUGGGUUCAGAUACAUCACACUGGCAAGAUGCCCUUUGCCUGCCAUGCAGGUCUCGCCAAUUGGCAACAGGGCUGGUCUGGCGCCAAGAAGGCGGAAGAUGGGAAGAAUUGGCCGCAUGGCCUCCGCCCCCACGGUGACCUCGGGUCCGAACUUGCCCUGCACAGCGAUCUUUCUGGAAACGAGUAG